AUGGACGACGCCGAGGCGCCGCCCGAGGCGCGACGGCUGAGCAUCGAAAAGGUGCCCAUCGUCCUCGAGGCGCCGCCGCCCUUUGACGGGCUGCCAGACGAAAUCAUCGAGCAGAUACUUCUAGCCACGGAUCCCAAUGGCUUCGCCUCGCUCAUGACGCUCAACCGCAAAUGGAGAGAAGUGUCACAGCGCCCGCACCUCUACCGAUACCACCUCGCACGAUGUCCGACGUAUGCCACGUCCCAUGCCCGCUUGCCGUCCGCCGAUGACGCCAACUUGCCUCGUCUGCGGCGCAUGUUCGCCAGUGAAAUCAAGCGAAACCUCUUCGAGUCCUAUGUGCGGCCGAGCGUCACCAUCAUCAAGCUCAUAUCCAAGGCCAUCAGCUCCUCGUCAUGUCCGGGAGGAGAGGGCAUGGGCUUCACGACGUCCUCAAACGGGCACUUCGUAUUAGCCUACAACUCAUCACGGAUGUACUUGAUAAAUACCCAAGGCUCGGGUAUCGAGAUGAAGCGCGAGUUCAAGAUGCUGCGCCGCCCGGUAUCGGCAUGCGUUUCCAACGAUGCAACCCUCUUGGCCGUUCUUUCCACCGAGAUGCAAGUCGACAUUUACGAUUUGAAACAAUCUCCGCCCAAACGGAAGCAGUCCAUGAUACUCGACAACAACCCACGAACCAUUGCGCUGUCGCCCUGUGGUACUGUUCUCACCGCAGCAUAUGAUGGAGGCAUUGAGGUCCAGUCACUGAGCCGCGGAGCGUCCUCCACCGAAAGGCGCGCGGUCAAGUGUGAUGCAGUAGAUGCUUUGGCCUUUUCCUUCGACGGCACGCAGAUUCUUGGCACAACAUUACAUUCGUCUCCACCGAGCACGGUCGUCAUCACUGCGCCGUACUAUGAUCCCGGCGCCCUUGCCAUGGAACAAGCCGAAGAGAACCUCAGCGCAAUGUGGACCACAUCCAUCCUGUUCCCCAACUCGAGUCGAGACUGCAGCCAUGCCGUGCUUCUACAGGACGGAAGCCAGGAGGAGGCCGCCUGGGCAUUUGCAUACGACCGUAGCUUCGAGAGCUUUCGAGCCGUUCGGAUUGAUGACCUCAGAAAUGGCACCACGCACUUCACCGGGCCAGUGCCCAAAACAACCUCGCAGGCCAAGCUGCUUCCUUGUACACUGCCUUCAGCUACGUAUCAUGGCGAGUUGGUAUCGGCGUGUUUCCACGGUAGCGAGAUUUGGAUUUAUGGCGUGCCUGAGGACUUGACUGCGGUGCCCGAAGUCCCAUCAACCACCGACAAUGCAUCUGACCUGGCUCGGAGGAACAGCGCUCAGAGCCAUUCCUCGCGAUCGCCAUCAACGAGGACACAGGAGGUUGUUGUUCCCACAGUUCCCACGGGAAGAGUUCCUCAGUGGCAGAUUUUGUGUGAUAAGUCGAGAAACAACUUUGUGGCAGGGCAUCAAACGUCGGAGCUUACCGGUGUGAGCAACGUGAAAUGGGUUUCAGGAUUUGGCGACUCGUCACUGAAGGAAAGGCUGAUUGUUACGGCCUCUGGAGUUGCUGGGCCUAGGCUCGUCACCGAAGACGAGGACAUGGAUUUUGUCGAUGGCGGCAGAAUCGCUCUGGUGGAUUUUGGAUAUGCUUUCACCGACGGAACCAAGACUGAGAUCAUCAUUGAGGUAGGAACCGAUGAUGCGGAGGUACUUGAAGAGGAGCAGCGCGAUAUAGAAACCGAGGUUGCCAUUGUGCGGCGGAGGACGGUGGUCCAACGUGGAGGAAGAGCAGGGGGGAGGAGAGGCAGCCUGAUGCGAACUGCUACAAUCGCCGUCACUCCCACCUCUGCUACCGGAGCUGGACCCGGCCACCAUAUAGUGUCGCCAAUUUCGCCUGAAUCAACGAGGAGUAACGAGGACGAUGACCCCCUAGUACCAAGGACGAUGAACCGCAAUCCUGUCGCAAACCGGCCAAUCAUACGCGAGCCAGUCGAAGACGAGGAGUACUUGUCCAUUGAGGAACAGGAAGCCAUGGACGCCCCCUAUGCGCACUCUAGCCCGCGCUCAGGGACAACUCUUCGCCGAGCGGCCACAGUCGCUGCUGCCAACCGCUUGUUAAAUCCGCGGACAGCUGACGGGCGCCCCAUAGAGUACCGCCGAGCCGACGGUAGGAGAGAGCAUCCUCACGAGAGUGACGCGGAUAACUGGGAACCGCCGCCUCCUCCGUAUCAAGCUGAGGAUCCCGGGGACACGCCUGCGUUUCUACGAGGCCGCGCAGUUUUGGCGCCUGCCUCAUUCCCGACGCAAUCGCCGCAGUAUCUGCCAGUGCCGGCAAGUCACAGCGUUCCGCCUCAGCCACCGGCCCUGGUGAUUCCACCGAAUUUAUCGUUGGCAGCUCACGCAGCUAGCCAUCUCAGCAACCACGGAUUAAGCCAUGGCAGGUCUUCCAGCGACUCAACCGUGGUAAGCAGGCUACGACCUGAUGAAGAACUGCAUUUACCACUUUCAAGCACCUCUGGUCCGUUAGAUCACGAGGACAUAUACGACGUGUCCCCCCCAGCUUCACCAAUGAGGGCUCGAAGUCGAGACAGCCAGUCCAUGGUCACUACUCAAGAUUCUGUCAGGCCACGACCGACAACUGCAACAUCGAACACUUCGGUAGGGCUUUAUGAAAGCAGUCCAGCAACUGUAGGUCCUCUGGUGCAUCCCGAAUUCGACUUUGGCGGGCCGGGACUUGGGUUCGAUACUUCUCCGAUGUCAACAGUCGAGACCACCAGCACCUCAAGUAAUAUUAUACGAAGGCUAUCGAAUGCACAAACUUGGCCAUUGGUAUCUCCAUCGUCUGAAAGUUACCCAACGCCAUCUUCCACUUACGCUGAACCGGUGCGAUUGCAAUCAGCCUUGCCCCCGGCUCCUAGCUCGGACCAAAUGGCCAGGCUGAUCCGGAGAGCCAGUCAAGGAAACCCUCUCAACCUAGCAGGCAGUCUGACCUCGCCAUAUGACCAGCAAUAUCAGAGACCACAGCCGGUUGCAGGCUCUCUGGCUCUCCCUACAGCAAAUAUGGCCCAUCUUGACGUUGACCAACCCCUGAUCAUCAGCACUCCCCGUGGUGUGGGCGGUGCUUUUGAUCCCCCGGGGCGCAGGACAUCCCGUCGUGGCGAUCUACCGAUUGUGGCCCCUGUGCCUCGAAGGCCUCGCCCAACUGGUGGCUCUGCUGCACCUCCCACGGUAGAGAGGCUGGAAACCAUCUCCACCGGCCGUCCCCAACCCAUACAGGCCAACAACCUUGUCUUGCCAACAUGGAUGAAGGGGCCGCCAGCCUCGCCUGGCCGGCAGCCAUCAACGGUAAAUCGACGACCCAGUCGAGCCGAGAGGAGCGCGGCGAAGAAUAUGCGCGACGCGAAGAAGCGAGGGUGGACGGCCAAGAAGAAGAAGAAGGAGGUCCCCAAGCCGGUCAUUGCGGAGGAAGACCACAUUGGCAGCAUCUGGAUGGACAUGGAGCCGCCGCCUCCGCCGCCCAAGGACCAUCAUGAUAAAGACAAGAAGUGCAGCGUUAUGUAA